AUGGAAGUGCGUCGUAUACAUAUUAAUGAAAAUGAAAACAUUGAAUGUCGAAAACGUAAUACGAAAGUUUCAAAUCGAAUGAAGGAGAAGGUUGACAAUAAUAAUGAAGCGGUGAAAAAGGUGAAAAUAAAUGGAGAAUUUGCAAAAGCAUCGAUUAGGCUCAGUUUGCCUUUGAAUUUAAUGAGCAUGAGAUAUGUGAGAAGCAAAGGACUUACUUGGAAACGUUUUAAUGAAGAUGAUGAAGUUGUUGGAUGUGUUCCCGGCGUUGAAAUCGAUGUUGAUGGCGUUAUAGUAGUUGAAGAAUUUUAUGUGAUGCAUGAAUUGACUUCUGACGUCAUUCUUGGAAUGCCUAUGAUGAAGAGUAAAGAUCGAAGAGAGAACGAAUUUGUGGAUGUUAGGCGUGUUAAAGAUGAAUUUAUGGAAAAUGACGACAAUAAGAAGAAAAAUAGAAUCGAAAACCCUAUUCGAACACAUAGUGUUAGUUGUGGAAAAGUUGAUAAAUGUUAUCAAAAUGGAGGUUGUGAUAAAACGAAUGGAUGUUAG